CCCGUCCCAGGGGCCCGGGGCCUCUUCCCCCCCAGUCCUCGCGUACUGCUGCCGGGGCCACAGGGGCAGCAGCCUACCCAGCGCAGGCGCUAGAGCCCGCCGGGCCCCGGGCUCUGCUCACCGCUGUGCAAUCUGCGGGCGGGCGUUAGCCAACGUCCCAGCCCGCCUCUUCGGAAGCAGGCUCCUGCGGCCGGCCGGGGCGAGCCUGAGGGAACGAGCCCGGGCGCAGCGGCUGGUCCUUGGCUGGGCGAGGUGGAGGUGCCGGGUGAGCUAGAGAUGGAGCCUGAGAGCCUCGGCGCGGAGCAGGGCGCCUCUCUCCCGGGGCCCGCCGAGGAGCUGGGGACGCUGCUGGGCCAGGAUGCCGCGCUGCCGAAGCUUAGCGGCGGGGAGCUGGACAGGGAGCUGGAGUCCAAAAGUGACCUGAUAGAUGACAAAGAGUUUGAUAUUCCCCAGGUUGAUACCCCUCCAACACUGGAAAGCAUAUUAAAUGAGACUGAUGAUGAAGAGGAGUCUUUCGUUCUUGAGGAUCCCUCUCUUUUAAACAUUGAUAAUAUUGACACUCAGUCGUAUGACACAUCUUCCUUGGCAAGCUCAGACAGUGGGGACAGGACGCACUUGAAAAGAAAGAAAAAGCUCCCUGAUUCUUUCUCUCUUCAUGGAUCGGUUGUCCGUCUUUCUCUUCUGAAAGGAAUUUCUGCCCAAAUAGUAUCUGCUGCGGACAAAGUGGAUGCUGGUUUACCUACUGCAAUAGCAGCGUCAAGUCUGAUAGCAGUGGGGACUUCCCAUGGUUUGGCAUUAAUUUUUGGAAAAGAUCCAAACCAGGCUCUUCGGCUUUGUCUGGGCAGCACUGCUGUUGGGGCCCAGUAUGGGGCUAUCUCGGCUCUCAGUAUCAACAAUGACUGUUCAAGACUACUGUGUGGCUUUGCAAAAGGACAGAUUACCAUGUGGGAUCUGGCUAGUGGGAAACUUUUAAGAUCAAUAACAGAUGCUCAUCCCCCAGGAACAGCAAUUUUACACAUCAAGUUUACAGAUGACCCAACGCUUGCAAUUUGCAACGACAGUGGAGGCUCCGUGUUUGAGCUGUCAUUUAAGAGAGUUAUGGGUGUGAGAACAUGUGAGUCUCGAUGUCUGUUCAGUGGUUCCAAGGGAGAAGUUUGCUGUAUCGAGCCCUUGCAUGCAAAGACUGAAUUGAGAGAUCAUCCUAUCACCCAGUACUCACUACUGGCAAUGGCUUCCCUAACUAAGAUCCUAGUCAUUGGCUUGAAACCAUCUUUGAAGGUGUGGAUGACUUUUCCGUAUGGUCGUAUGGAUCCCUCUAGUGUGCCACUGCUGGCAUGGUAUUUUGUUGCUGUACAGAACUCUGUGAACCCCAUGCUUGCCUUCUGUCGAGGAGAUGUUGUUCAUUUUCUUUUGGUGAAGAGAGAUGACUCAGGUGCAAUACAUGUUACUAAGCAAAAGCAACUUCAUCUGCACUAUGACCUUAUCAAUUUUACUUGGAUAAACUCACGCACAGUAGUGCUUCUGGACAGUGUGGAGAAGCUGCACGUGAUAGAUCGCCAGACACAAGAGGAGCUGGAGACCAUAGAGAUUUCGGAGGUGCAGCUAGUAUAUAACAGCAGUCACUUCAAAUCACUGGCCACAGGAGGCAAUGUCAGCCAAGCAUUGGCCCUGGUUGGGGAGAAAGCCUGUUACCAGUCCAUCAGCAGCUGUGGUGGUCAGAUCUUCUAUCUUGGCACAAAGUCUGUUCAUGUGAUGAUGAUAAGGAGCUGGAGAGAGAGAGUGGAUCACCUUCUGAAACAAGACUGUCUUACUGAGGCCCUGGCUCUAGCGUGGUCUUUUCAUGAAGGUAAAGCAAAGGCUGUAGUAGGGUUGUCUGGGGAUGUCAAUAAGCGAAAGGCUGUCAUUGCAGACCGAAUGGUUGAAAUCCUCUUCCAUUAUGCUGAUCGAACAUUGAAGAAAUGUCCUGACCAGGGAAAAAUCCAAGUUAUGGAGCAACACUUUCAGGAUAUGGUGCCUGUCAUAGUCGAUUACUGCCUUUUACUUCAGCGAACUGACCUUCUGUUCAGCCAGAUGUAUGAUAAAUUGAGUGAGAAUUCAGUGGCAAAGGGUGUUUUUCUGGAGUGCCUGGAGCCUUACAUUUUAAGUGAUAAGUUGAUGGGAAUGACAGCUCAAGUGAUGAAAGACUUGCUGCUUCACUACCAAGAUAAGAACCUAAUGGAGGACAUGGAGGCCUGCAUUGUGCAUAUGGAUAUCACCAGCCUAGACAUACAGCAGGUAGUUCUCCUGUGCUGGGAAAAUCAUCUGUAUGAUGCCAUGAUCUAUGUGUACAACAGUGGAAUGAAUGACUUCAUUAGUCCGAUGGAGAAAUUGUUCAAUGUCAUUGCUCCUCCACUUAAUGCUGGGAAGUCUCUCACAGAUGAGAAGGUGGUUAUGGGGAACAAGCUCCUUGUGUACAUAAGUUGCUGUUUAGCAGGCCGUGCUUAUCCAUUGGGUGAUAUUCCUGAAGAUCUGGUACCCUUGGUUAAAAACCAGGUGUUUGAAUUUCUUAUCCGUCUCCACUCAGCUGAAGCAUCUGCAGAUGAAGAAGUCUACCCGUAUGUUCGUACGCUGCUGCACUUUGAUACCAGAGAGUUCCUUAACGUUCUUGCACUGACUUUUGAAGACUUUAAGAAUGACAAGCAAGCAGUGGAGUAUCAACAAAGAAUUGUGGACAUCCUGCUAAAGGUUAUGGUGGAAAAUUCUGAUUUCACCCCAUCACAAGUUGGCUGUCUUUUUACCUUUCUUGCCCGGCAGCUGGCUAAGCCCAACAAUACACUGUUUGUAAACAGGACGCUUUUUGACCAGGUCCUUGAAUUUCUGUGCAGCCCUGAUGACGAUUCCCGACACUCAGAGAGACAGCAGGUCCUUUUAGAACUACUGCAAGCUGGAGGGAUAGUACAGUUUGAAGAGAAUCGUCUCAUCCCUAUGGCAGAAAAAGCUGAAUUCUACCAAAUUUGUGAGUUUAUGUAUGAACGGGAGCAUCUCUAUGACAAAAUCAUUGAUUGUUACUUACGUGAUCCAGUGAGAAAGGAAGAAGUGUUCAACUACAUCCACAAUAUCCUAUCCAUUCCUGGGUACAGUGCCGAGGAGAAGCAGUCAGUGUGGCAGAAGGCUAUGAAACACAUUGAGGAGUUGCUGUUACUGAGCCCGAAUAAAGCAGCAGACCUGAUAGCCACUCACUUCAAUGACCAGAUUGAGGGAAUCAUUAAAAAUCUUCAGCUCAAUCAGUUCCUCAUUUGUCAGUUGCUGAGCAUGAAACUCCAACAACUCCUGUACAUCGUCCUCCACCUCCUCGAAGCCGACUUCCUCCGGCAACAUGACAAAUUCUUGCUCGAGAGCAGGAACGGCAUCAAAUCCCACAAAGCUGUGGCCAAUAUCUGGCCAUGCACGGUGCCAAACGCCGUUCAUACAUUGCGAAGUUUCCUGAAGGAGAUUCAGACAACGGUUGAAGACCUCUCCUUCGAAGGCUCUAAGUUGUUUGCUGAGAAGACUGAUGCCUCACUUGACAUGCUUAAGGACUUCAAAGCCUCACUUCGGGAAGGUAUCAAUCAGGACAUGCUACAGAUAUCUCCCUGUGUCACUGAACAAUUCAUUGAGUUGUUGUGUCACUACAAUCCUGACCAGGUUUUAGAGACACUGCAGGUUCUGGAGUUCUACAGACUGGAAGAGACCAUUCAGAUUACCCAGAAACACCUGCUCCAUGAAGCUUCCUCCUACCUGCUGGAGAAGAAAGGAGAUGUUCAUGGUGCCUUCCUAGUAAUGCUUGAGCAACUACGAAGCAAGUUGUUGAUGCUUACACAUGAAAUUGAAGAAUCAACAGAACUCCACUUAUUAAAGGAUAUUGAAGAUACCUUGGUGAAAACAAUUGCACUUUGCCAGAGGAAUUCACAUAGUUUAAACCAGCAGCAGCGAGAGGCACUCUGGUUUCCUCUCCUGGAGGCUAUGAUGUCGCCACAGAAGCUAUCCAGUUCGACAGUGUUGUGUCAAUAUUCUGAAGCUCUGAAGAGUUUGACAAUGCAAGUGCUAAACAACAUGGCUGCAUUUAUUGCCCUUCCCUCAAUCUUGCAGAGAAUUCUCCAGGAUCCAGUUUAUGGUAGAGGGAAACUUGGAGAAAUUCAGGGACUUGUACUGGGGAUGCUGGACACAUUUAACUAUGAGCAAACCCUUCUAGAGACAACUACUAACCUCCUGAACCACGAUCUCCACUGGUCCUUGUGUAACUUGAGAGCCUCCAUCACUAGAGGACUUAACCCAAAGCAGGAUUACUGCUGUAUCUGUCUGCAGCAAUACAAGAGAAGGCAAGAGAUGGCUGAUGAAAUCAUUGUCUUCAGUUGUGGCCAUUUGUACCACUCACUCUGUCUGCUGAGUAAAGAAUGUGGCAUAGAAACCAAGGGACAGAUGAGAUGGACUUGCUAUAAAUGCAACUCAAGUAACAAAGGGGGAAAACUGAGUGAGAAUUUCUCAGAACUGAAAAAGGGAAAUGGUGCAUCUCUGGCACAGUCAAGUUCAGAGUCCCUGUUGGAUUCCCAGCAAAUCCAGGCUUUUGACCAACUCUGUCGACUCUAUCGAGGAACCUCCAGGUUAGCUCUCCUGACAGAAUUGUCUCGAACUCGUGGUGGUGAAAAACAUGGGCUCCUCAAUGUCUCUCAGGGUGAUCCUGCACUGAACAGUGUCUUCCAGAACGAGAAUUUCCAGCUGCAUCUCGCUCCCCCUCCACUGACAGAAGAGUAGCCCUUCCCUUGCCAGACCAUGGGUGCAGUCCUUCCAUGGUUGCAUAAGAACAUUCUGGGGAGGCUCCUACCGUCGAUCCCGGGGGGUGAGUUUGUUGGCUAUGGGACCUGCCCUACUAGGCUGGAUUUGCUGCCCAUUGCUAUCAUAUCCUUCCCAGAAUCCUUUGUAACAUGUCACUUUGUGUCAGAUAGUUUUGCUGGGUUUGUAACCAGGUGGAAUCUGUAGUAGUCUCUCUGCUGGCUUAUUUUCCUCUGUUUCUUCUAACAAAACAGAAGGAACAUCACAGAGAUCACUGUCAGAGUUCUUGUCCAGUGGGAUGCACUGAAAGCUAUAAACUAUGAUGUCAACUCCAUGUACUUCACUCGAGCCAAACACAGGAAGUGGAGGCAGCUGUACUAACCCCAGGGUGACUGUGUCUGCAGCCAAAGCUUAUCCAAAUAAUUGGAACCUAUAAUAUGUUCAUUUUUAUUCCUUAGAUAGAUUGACCAAGGGAAUACAGAACAUGUCACAUAUCCAAACUCAGCAUUUCUCAAAAUGCCUCCUCAACAUUAUAAGGGAAAUAGCUAAUUUAUUUGAGUUUAAAUUUAGUAUCAGUAAAAAUAAUCUUUUAGACAAAUCCCUAACCCCCUCAGGAUCUCCUGGAUUAUAAGCAAAGUGGGUGGUAUGACUGCAUGAAACACACUUAGCCCUUGAAAGGAGCUGAAACUGCAAAAGAGCGUAUAUUUGUGAGUAAAUGAACUUGUGUGCAAUGCUUCUGUGAAACUACAUUCUCUAAUAAAAAUGCCCUGCCU